CGGCUAUCGGCUGAUAAGAUAUUGUUGUGUUGCUGGUCGUACGACGAACUGAACCGCUUUACAAAUGGAUAAAGAGUUAUUUCGCAAGCUUGCGUCGAAGAUUGGGAUAACGUCUGUUAAAAUAUUGUGCCAAGCAGAGGAGUACAUGCGGUUAUCCCAAGUGAAGUGUGCUGGUCUGGGGUCUAUGACAGACACCAGCAAAGCCAUCAUUUGCCUCGAGUUGGCAGCGACAUCAAUGAAAUUUCCUCUAGACAAGGAGUAUGCCAUCAAGCUAUCCGGGUUGAGUUCUAAGGUGUACCACAGUAAUUUGAAAGCUAUGGAGUGCAUGCUGGGUCUGCAGUCAAACCUGGGUCUCAGAGAUCUUGCAGUGCAGUAUGGCUGUUUGGAUGCAGUUAAAGUGGCCUCUCAGAUCAUCCAACGGUAUGAGGCCAGCUUGCCUGCCGCUCAGCAACAAGACCUUGACUUAUCAAAACCUCUCUUUACCACAGCAGCCCUAUAUACUGCAUGCAAGUGCAUGAAAAUCAGAACUGACAGGAAAUUAGCCUCUUCAUCUGGAGCGAAGAAGGGAAUCUUUGACCGGCUGUCUACACAAUUCCAGAAAUUCGGACAAGAGAUCUGCAAUGAGGCUUCCUCUAUGGAGGAACCAAUCAAAAAAGCUCAAAAGAGGAAGAAGACUCUCACUGAAAUUUUAGAAAUGGAAGACGAUGAUGUGGCGCAGACAACACCCUCUAAGGAAGUGUGUAUUGAGAAGACAGAGGAGGAUGAGACACAAUAUUAUGAAGAGUGGAAAAGAAAGAUCCUUGAAAAUGCAUUAAAAGCAAAGGCUGUAAAUUCAUGAACUCUAAAAGAUUUUAUGUCUCCAUUUUAUUUAAUUAAGGUUUUGCAUAAUGUCAGCUGGACCCUUCUUGGGAUUAUUUUAAUAUGUUGUUACUAAGACAACUCAACUGCCCCCUUCUGACUACUUUUGUGAAAGUCACUUUCAUUGAAGUAUGAAUAUUUCUGGAGGACUCUGGGCACUUUAUUACUUUUUGCCAGUGAAAUGACAGAUUUAAUUAGUGAGUUCAUCACUGUACCAUGCUAAGUUCCUAGUUUUGAUAUCUUGAAAUGACAGGAUGGUAUAAUUGUUCAUUUAGUUGUGUGGUAGGUAUACCAUACAUGUGUGAGUGGUGAGAUUUGAACUUAUAUCAAAUCUGUCAUCUGUUUACUGCAUCAUGAUGGGAUGAUUAUGUCUAGUGAGAAUGU